UGGAGCGGCGCUGGAUCGGUGGGGGAAGGUGGAGACAGCCGCAAGGAGGGCCCAGGGCGGGGCUCAGCCAGUACGCGUCCGGCUGCGAGAGCAGAGCGACGUAACCCUCCGUGGCAGGGCGCUGGGGAAAGCUAACACCCAUGGACCUGCUAAAGCUCUAAAAAGCAAAACCUCAGCAGAUGCAGUUUUCAGUAUCCUACGGACUCUAGAGAAGAAUCUGUCAGGACCUGCAGCAAAGCAUCUCCAUAGAAAGAGCCAUCUUUAGAACAAAGAUGAACAUCAGGAAACCUUACAGUACCUUUAAUGUCAGCAAUGGAACAGAUCUAGCUAUUGGCUUUACCUCUUCCACAAUGGCUGUCCUUCUGUUUGGUACAAACUUUGUGCCUGUUAAGAAAUUUGAUACUGGUGAUGGAAUGUUCUUCCAGUGGAUUCUCUGUGCCUCCAUAUGGCUAGUGUCUUUGGUGGUCAAUUUAAUCCAGAAUUGCCCCCAGUUUUGGCCUCUAGCUAUGGUUGGGGGUUUCGUGUGGGCAACAGGCAAUGUUGCAGUUGUCCCUAUUGUUAAAACUAUUGGCUUAGCUCUUGGUCUUUUGAUAUGGGCUUCUUUUAAUUUGCUGACAGGUUGGGCAAGUUCAAGAUUUGGUUGGUUUGGAAUUGACCCAGAAGAGGUAUCAAGACCAAUCUUAAAUUCUGUUGGAGCUGGACUUUCAUUAUUAAGUGCUGUCAUAUUUCUGUUUAUAAAAACUGAAGUCCAGAGUUCUUCAGCUUCAUUAGAAAGCACACCUUUACUGAGAGAAAGUUCUAUUAAUGCUUCAGAAGAUACCUCUGAUGACUCAUGGGUGGACAGCCUUUCUCCAGCAAAAAAGAGACUCAUAGGAUGUAGCCUGGCUGUAGUAGCUGGAGUACUCUAUGGUUCCAGUUUUGUACCAGUACUUUACAUCAAGGACCAUGGAAGAAGAAAUGAAACUGUAUACACUGGAGCGAGUCAAUUUGAUUUAGAUUAUGUUUUUGCACAUUUCAGUGGAAUAUUUCUUACAAGUACCAUCUACUUUUUGAUCUACUGUGCAGUCAAGAAAAAUAAACCCAAUGUUUAUCCUCAAGCUAUAUUGCCAGGGUUUGUUUCUGGUGUGCUUUGGGCAAUAGCCAGUUGCUGCUGGUUCAUAGCCAAUCACUAUCUCAGUGCUGUGGUCAGCUUUCCAAUAAUUACUGCAGGUCCUGGCCUUGUUGCUGCAAUGUGGGGAGUCCUUGUAUUUAAAGAAAUCAAGGGACUGAAAAACUACAUCUUACUGUCAGUAGCGUUUUGCAUCAUUUUGGCUGGAUCACUCUCCACAGCUUUUUCUAAAGUUUGAAAGGACUUCUGGGCCAGUAGAUGGUGCUACUGUUUUAAUAUCAUCUGAAAGACCAUAAUGCUGUAUCGCAGGACAUAAUACAUUUCCAAAUGUGGGUCCAGUAUUUAUGCCAACUUGAAUCAGACAAGUGAAGAAGAAAACCUUUGCUAAAUGUUUCCAUUUUACAUGAUUUUUAAAAAAGCACUGGAAGUAUUUUUUUCUGCAUUUCUUGGAACAGGAAGAAUAAUGAAAGAAUAUUAAAUAAAUCUAAAUGAUUUUUUUAAUGACUAAUAUAUUAAUUUCUUUCUAGUUCAGGUACUAAACUUCAUGUCAUCAUAAACUGCGGUUCAGUAUUGUGAUAAAGGGAUUUUAACGUUUAAUCUGUAAUACUGUAGGUAUUUGCCAUCUGAUUUGUUUUAUUAUAAUAUUUAACUGAAUCAAAUAGAAAAUAUAUCUUGGAAUAUUCUUUAUGGAAUUGAUAUGAUGAAGAUGUUAGGCUUUUUUUUUAUUUAGAAGCAUUCUUUAAAGUCACCAAAGCAUAAUCUUCCAAUCACUUCAGAAUUUUGAAGAAAAUACAGGGGAAUAAAAGAUGCUGUAAAAAGAAUUACUCAUGUUUGCUGCUCAACUCUUUAUUUAGUUGCAAAAACAUUAAGUAGAAGUUGGGACCAGGAUGCAAAUAGUUGUGGAAGUUUGAUUUUUUUUUUUUUUUUUCCCAGUUGCAAGUAAACAUUUCUAUGUUGCAGUAUGACUUAGGUGAUUCAGAUUUUGUUUCCAAAUAACUCCAAGCAGUUUCUGAAUAUUUUUCUAUGUAGCAUGUUUAAAUCUUAAAGAAUUAUUAAUAGCAAUGUUUAUUUCAUUGAAGCAUUUUGCUGUAACUGUCCAGUCGUUGUUCUGUACAAGGCAAGGUGAUCUAUAUGCAAAUCACUUCUGACAGUUGUUUUCAAACUUUUUUCUUUAAAAAAAUAAAAAAGUAAGUUCCACAACAUCUUUAGGCAAAAUAGCCAGCUUCUAACUACCUAUCCUUCUAGAAAGCCCUUCUCUCCAAAGGAAAUUCCCUAAGAGGAAUCUUUAUGUCCACUGUUCCAUGACCACCAUUAAUAUGAACAAUUGAUUUUCUUCCUCAUGGCAGCUAACUUUUAUAUAUGCAAAACGUGUUACCUGAGCCUGCCUUUAGUCUUUCCUUCAGUUAGCCUUUACCUUCUGCAGUCUCCUCUUGUUUGUAGUGUACCCAUAUUUUUUCUUUCUCUUUUCUGAAAUAAAUGGAUAAGAUCUGUCUAAAGGAACUAGACAUGGCAAUAAGAUUACAAGAUCCAAGAAGAGCAGCAGUAAGUUGGGUUUUUUUCGUCCAGUUUGCAAGCUCUGUUCAUGAGGACGUAUCAUAGUAUGACACUUUUUGCUGUCACAGCUCAAUAUUGUUACAUGUUCAGAUUGUAAUAAUAAUUCCUCUUUUCUUCCUUCCAUCUUCCCUAGCCUACUAUUUAUAAGAUUUUAUCUUAAAACUGUUACUUAGCCUGCUUUUUCCUAUCCCAUAUUUAUUCCUGCCCAAGUGUCAAAAUUUGAUGUCUGUCAGUUUUUUUAACCCCUCAAGGCGUUUCUCUGUGUGUUAACUGUGUCCUUCAACAAGUUGGCAGUGGUUUCCAGCCAGAUGUCAUCUGCAAAUUUAAUAAACAUGCUUUCUAAUUGUUGUAAACAA